GUAACUUCAAAAUAAUCAAAAACCCCUAAACCCCAACCGAUCUCUCUUCCUCCCAUCUCUGUGUAAACAUCUAAAAAAGCCAAGAAAGAUGCAAACCCAGAUCCCAUUCCUUUCUCUCUCCCCUUUCCCUUCUCUCUCUAAACCCAACAUCAAAAACAAACCCUUCGUCUGUUCCGUCUCUUCUCUAUCCUCUCUCCCUCGGAUACGCACCACAAACACAAACCUUUCCCUCUCCAAUUUCCUCAUCGACACCUUGACAUUCUCCGAACCACAAGCCAUUUCCAUCUCCAACCGCUUCCCAUCGAAAAAGACCCUCAAAAAGCCACAGUCGGUGGUUCAAUUUCUCAAACAGCUCGGCUUCUCCGACCCCCAGAUUCGAUCCUCCGUCCGGCUCAAGCCCAAUAUCCUCUUCUCCGACGUAGACAAGACUUUGAAGCCCAAGCUCCAGUUCUUUCAGGAUCUGGGUUUCACUGGUCCUGAUCUGGGUAAGUUCAUUUCAACUCAUGCUCAUGUUUUGCUUUACAGUUUGGAGAGAACAUUGAUACCCUGCGUUGACAUUAUCAAGAAAAUCCUCGGAAAUGACGAGAACAAUCAGGGUUUGAUUCGGGUUCUGCAGAGGUCCUAUUGGGUCGUUCCGAAACCCGUAUUGAGAUUGAAAUGCAAUAUUGCCUUCUUGGAGAGCUGCGGCAUCGUGGGGCCCCAGCUCUCAUUGCUUUUGAAGAAGCGACCUUGGGUUUUCUUUAUUUCAGAGCUGGCUCUUAGGGACCUCGUUUCACGAGUUGUGGAUUUGGGUUUUUCUGUUGAUUCAAGGAUGUUGGUUCAUGCUGUGGGCACAGUUAGUGGCAUGAGUCGUGAGACUUUUAGUAGGAAGAUUGAAUUGUUUAGAACUUUUGGGUUUUCGGAGGAUGAAUGUAUGGAUAUGUUUAGGAGGGCUCCGGCAUUACUUGGGGCUUCUGAAGGGAAGUUGAAGUUUGGAAUGGAGUUCUUCUUGUAUGAUGUCAAGUUGGAAAGGUCUGCAUUAGUUAGUUGGCCUACGUGUUUGAUGUACUGCAUGAGGGAGAGAGUCCUCCCUCGGUAUAGAGUUUUACAGGUUAUGAAGUGCAAGACGCUGUUAAAGAAGGAGCCAACUUUACUUAGCGUAUUGGAUUUGUCGGAAGAGAAGUUUCUAGAGAAAUAUAUAUCAAGGUUUAGAGAUGAUGCAGAGGAACUUUUGGUGGCUUACAAGGGCGAUCCUUUGGAUUAGUGACUCUUCGAUGGAAUAGGAAAUCUGAACCGUUCGGUGAUUGUUGAUUUUAGCUGUCAUGACCAAUUACGCUAUGGAUGUCAGACUUUAGGAGUACUUUGUGGCGCGAAACCUUUUUAUGGGAAAGCCAUGAGCACCUCCAGAACCACAAUUGGAAUCAGAACUUGGGUUUUCGCCACUCAUUUCCCUCAAAGCUAAAGUUUGGUUUGAACAGAUUGCUGGUAUUUUGGUGCUAAAAGUUGGCCAGUUCUAGCUUUAUGGUAUGCACUGUUGUUGUCAAUUUUCUUGAGCGUGAUAGCAUUGUUUGACUACGGUAAGCGAUUAGAGUGCACUGUGUUGAACCAUACAAGCGUGAGACAGGUGCAGGGUGACUACUUGGAUGCUUAAUUUGCUGAUGAAGAUUCUCGACUGCAACUGAUGCCUUUUUUGUUCGAGUAAGAUUUGAAUGGAUAUGAAAGGUACUGGCUAGUUACCUUUUUGUGUCAUGUUGUUAAUAUAAUUUUUGACAACAUAGUUUUUUUUGUUGGCAUUGGGUUACAUAAAUCCGGUUUGUUGUUCACAUUUGACUUAUGGAACGAGUCACCAGAUUUCAUCUGUAGUUGCCUAGCUGGAGUCUUCCCGUUUCAAUGUGACUACAUGAGAUGAAAUAUUUCAAAAGAGAAUGUUGAUCUCCAA